CCAUCUUCAAACCGGUCAGUCCACCGCGAACUACCGUGGGGGUAACGUUGUUGUCGCAACGAAUUACGUUAAUUUAUCUACACCGGACUAAACCGAACCGGUACACACAAUUAUACAUAAUAAUAGAUUUUAUAAAUAAAAACCAGUGUCAAGUUAAUUCAUGAAGUGUUAGACUGAAUCUGCCGUUCGCGAAUAUAGUGCAACCUGUGAUUUGAUCUCGCGAUCUCCCGGCUGCAUUUCUUUGGUGGUGUGAGUUUGCUGAAGUGUAAAAAGAUUAAAAUAUGAACGGGCAUAGCAACGGCGACAUGAACGGUGCAGGAGACAUUAUCACGCAGAACCAGCAGCGCGGCUGGUGGACCAUCGGGUUGAUCAACUCGCGCUACCGGUACCUCACCGCUGAGACCUUCGGCUUUAAGAUCAACGCUAACGGCACCAGUCUCAAGAAGAAGCAGAUAUGGACCUUGGAACCUGCCUCGGGAAAUGCUAACGACAGCAUGAUCUACCUGAGGUCGCACUUGGACAAGUACCUGGCGGUAGACUCGUUCGGCAACGUCACCUGCGAGUCUGAGGAGAAGGAGCCGGGCAGCAAGUUCCACAUCAGCGUGUCGGACGACAACAGCGGGCGCUGGGCGCUGCGCAACGUGGAGCGCGGCUACUUCCUCGGCUCCAGCUCGGACAAGCUCACCUGCACCGCCAAGGUGCCCGGCGACGCCGAGCUCUGGCACGUGCAUCUUGCCGCCAGGCCUCAGGUGAACCUGCGUUCAAUCGGUCGCAAGCGCUUCGCGCACCUGUCGGAGUCGCUGGACGAGAUCCACGUGGACGCCAACGUGCCGUGGGGGGAGGAUACGCUGUUCACGCUGGAGUUCAGGGCCGACGAGGGCGGCAAGUACGCGCUGCACACCUGCAACAACAAGUACUUGAGUGCUGGAGGCAAGCUGCAAGACCAGUGCACGUCCACGUGCCUGUUCAGCGCGGAGUACCACGCAGGAGCCCUAGCGCUGCGCGACGGCUCGGGCGCUUACCUCGCGCCCAUCGGCUCCAAGGCGGUUCUGAAGACACGUUCCACCGCUGUCACCAGGGACGAGCUGUUCUCGCUGGAAGACAGUUUGCCACAGGCCGCCUUCGUAGCCGCUCUUAAUGACAAAUACGUGUCUGUCAAACAAGGAGUGGAUGUGACCGCGAACCAGGAUGAGAUCUCCUCCCACGAGACGUUCCAGCUGGAGUUCGACUGGGCCACGCGCCGCUGGUACAUCCGCACCAUGCAGGACCGGUAUUGGACCCUUGAGACCGGAGGCGGGAUCCAAGCUUCUGGAGACAACAAAUCCUCGAACGCUCUCUUCGAGUUGGAGUGGCAGGGAGACGGCGCCGUGGCGUUCCGCGCCAACAACGGCAAGUACCUGAUGACCAAGCGCUCCGGACACCUGUACGCCAACGCCGACUCCAUCGACGACAACUGCAAAUACUACUUCUAUCUCAUUAACAGGCCUAUCCUGGUCCUGAAGUGCGAGCAGGGCUUCGUGGGCCCCAAGGGUGUGAGGCUCGAGUGUAACAAGGCCAACUACGAGACCAUACAAGUGAUCCGCGGACCUAAGGGCGCUGUCUACUUCAAAGGACAAAACGGCAAGUACUGGCACGCAGACAGCGAGUCAGUGAGCUGCGACGCGGACUCCCCGCAAGGGUUCCACCUGGAGCUGCGCGAGCCCACGCGCCUCGCCAUCCGCGCCGCGCAAGGCGGGGACUACCUCGCCGCCGCCAAGAAUGGGAACUUCCGUCUCGCAGGCCCCGACCUCAGCACCGCCACGCACUGGGAGUACUAAGCCCACGCAGCCAGGAAUCCUUUUGAUCCCAUCAUCACUACUGCCCGACUUGUUCAAUCAAAUCAAAGACUGACAAGUCCUUCUCAAUCUACAGGCCUAAGUUAACAGAAUGCAGGCUGUCGACAGGGCAGUUAUACAUCAUCACUUCAUUAGUUCAUCAAAUCAUGUUCAAAAGGAUCUCCCCCGCCCCAACAAUACUCUUCCACUGCCGCGCGCACGUGUUGUACACGAGCGACGCGGGACUUGUAUCUUCAUAUCGAGAAUGUGAACAUGGCGGGCGCGCGCCCUUACUGCCGUUAUACUCAUUUUCCUUUAGCCGCCAUCUUGCUAGUUGUGGCGGCGACGAACGACCCAAUCAGCCAAUUCUGAGACAGAAUCCGCUGCCUGAAUGGUUUAAUUAAAUGAUAAAAUGGGAAUGUUAGUCAAUGCUCCUGCAUUGACGAUACACAUUUCGUGCUAAAAAAAAACAAUGUCUAGAACGUAGCGUGACAGUGAGGCGCCGCCCUGCUUUGCAUUUAGUACGAGUAAGAUGAUAGUAUCGCGCGGCACGGCGCGCAUGUGAUCACUAUGGAAAUAUCGCUUCGUCUUGUUGUAAUCAUAGAUUAUUUUCCUUGUAAUUGCUAGAUCUGCCGUCACGUCGCUUACGUCGAAUUAUUUUUAUAUUUAAAUAUUUUGUGACCGUUCACUCGUAUCGCUUCAAUUAUUUAUUCUAGAUUGUAUGGUAUAUUAUUAGUACGGAAGACAUUAUUCUGAAAUUUUUCGAAAAAUAUUUAUUGGAUAUUGUAGUGUCUAGUCGAUGGUUUUUAUACAAUUUUUAUCAGCUCCCAGUACUUGACUACCGUCGUGUCCUGUAGGUUAGUGAACGUGAACAUCGUGAGACUGAUGCCUACAAACAGCACAUAACUGCAGUAACACUAUACCGUAAUUAAUUUAAGUUAAACAGGGAUUGACGCAAUACCAG